AAGUAGACAAAAUGAAGCGUGCUCCACCCACCGGGACUUCGUCCGAGGAUGGAGCUAAACGGUACCGAACCGGUAACGAUGUGGUCGAUGACGGAGCAACGCCUGGCUUCUUCAAUGGCACGGAGGAUGAGGUUGGAGGUGAGUUUGGAGCAACACCUGUCAACUAUUUCAACGCUACGUCGGGAUUAUCGAGGAGUACUUAUACACAUAGUUUUUAUAAUUUAGCUCUGGACUCCUGCAGCGUCCACGCCCGUGGCACUUGACCACGAAGAGUGUGGUGUCAGGUGGAAACUCUCGGCUCGCUCUUUACUAUCCACAACUAGCAGUCCGGUUUGUUUUUGUUUCUUUCAGGAGUUUGCUUAUAACACUACCUAGGUAGUAUUUAGAUGAACAUCAAAAGCAUUACAAGUACAACUAGUGUCUAACACUAAAUAUAUGAUCGUCCAAGUACCUCCAUAUUGCAUUUGAAUACAAAACAGGUAACGUGGAUCCCAGCAAACCGAAAAAUUUGGAGUACGAUCCGGACAAUGAGGACUCAGACGACGAUGAGGAUGAAGAAGCUCUGCUCGACCCUUUCGGAGGAGCAGGAGGAGAGGAAGGAGAAGGCGCUGGUGAAGAUGCUGCACCACUCCCACGACCUGCGCCUGGUGUAGUACAACCGGUACCUCCUCCACCGCUGCCAGACGAUAAUGUACUUAGCCCAAGAGCGACGGCAGCAGCUUCAUCUAGUAGGAAUAAUAGCCGUGGAGAUGGAGCGGGAGAAGUGCCCCCUCAAGGAAUUGACGGAGACGAGGAUGGCGACAUGGUCCCUUUCCAUGUCCUAGUGAUGGAACGAGAUUACGAUGACGAUCAGCUAGACGCAUGCGUGCCGAAAGUUAAGAAAGAAAGGUGGUUUUUUCUUGGUCACUACAUGAGUUACAUUCAUAACAACACCAAAUAUCUCAAGAGAAAUUUUAUUAUUGUUGCGCGAGGGAAAUCAAGUCAAGUUUGAUAUUCGGGUAUUAGUAAUAUUACGCCCAAAUAAGUAGUAAAGUCUUCAACAUCUUCAUGAUACUUAUCGUCGACUUCAUACUACUGGAGCGCGAGCAUUUUUUGUAGUAGAACUAGAACGCCUCCUCAUACUAGGCAGUCGACUUGAUAUCAUUACUCUUACUCAGCCAAUUCAUCGUAGUACUACAUCAGCAUCGUUCUUCUAAGCCGUACCUGAAAGGAGAUGAUAAGGUGGAAGAGCUGAUAAAUACUUUAGUGCAUGACCCAGACAUCAGACCGAAUGCUGCGUUCCAAGCUGCAUUGGUAGCAAGGCGAAAAAGGGAAGCCAAGAGGCGUAAGGAAGUUGUUGAAGCUGAAAAUUAAGAACUACAGAAGACAAAGACAAACUGAAAAAUUGAAUCACUUCUUUUCAUCUCAUCUGUGAAAUUAUAUGUUUUUCGAUUUCGACUACCUGAGGUCGUUAACAAGGUUACUUCUUUUCUACUUACUAGGGCUCUAGUGGAAGAACAGAAGAAACUGAAACUAAGUAUACUAGAAGGAAGUGGUUACUAGUAAGUGAUUAAGAUCCCUGAACUACUGCGCUUCCAACGAUAUGCAUACAUAGAAGAUAGAAUAGCAGUAGCGGUUAUAGUCGUUUUGGUCAUUGUAUUCGCAAUUAGUUGCUUAUAAAUAUGCGUUUGCGUAGUUACAACAACUCGUGAUAAUAAUAAUGCAAGGUGUCUAUGAUGUCCCAUGAAAGAAGAAUGGGUACAAUAGUUCUAGUACUACCACUAAGAAAAAGCAGGAGAAGAUGGCGCGAAGAAGCGAAGUAAAUAUACCAAAGCAUUGGCCGCCAAGAACGGGAAGAAAGGUGCUGGCAAAGACCAGGGUCAGCAGUUUGGCGGUGCGCCUGGCAAAGACAACAACAUGGGCAAUAACGAGAGCAAAGGUCGUAAAGAUGGGCUUGGUAAAGUAGAUCAUCAAGGUAAUAAAGAUGGUGUACUAGGCAAAGACCCUCCUCCGGUGGGUAUCUUGAUGCUGCAGGGUAAAAAAGGUAAGGACCAGCAAAGGAUGGCAUUAAAGGGCAAGAAGGGCAAGGGAAAAGAUGGAAAGCCCGAUGGAGG